AUGGCAUUUGAGUGCCCAAAUAGGACUGAGGAUUCUCAAAAUUUGGCACACUUUGUAGCAAAUCCAGGCAUAGGCAUAGUUGAAACUAAUCAGCUUAGUUCCAAAUCCUUCACGGAAGGAGUAGCAACCAAAAAUCUCGUUCCAGGUAGCAGACCUGAAUCUGGGAAGGGUGUGAAGCUAAAGGGAGCAUCCGAGAUUAAUUCGAAGAAGGGAACCAAAGCUCCGGCCAGUGCUUUGAACCAGUCAUCAAUUCCUGGUGAUGUGGUUUUAGAUUUUGGUUUGUCCAUCACUGACCUUCCUCCUGCAUUGAUAUCUGAAAUUCUCAAUUUCCUUGACCCGAAAGAUCUAGGCAUUGUUUCGUGUGUCUCGACGAUUUUUCAAAGAGUUGCAUCCGAGCAUCAUGCUUGGAAGCAAUUCUAUUCUGAAAGGUGGGGGCUUCCAACAGCUUCCUUGGCUGUGGAUUCGGGUGUUGUGGAUGAUGAUAAGUCAUGGAAGGAACUUUUCGUGGAAAGGGAGUUUAGGAGUAAGACUUUUAUGGGACGAUAUAGUAUUGAUGUGUUGUAUGGCCAUACUGAGGCAGUUAGGACUAUUUUCCUAUUGGCAUCUGCAAAGCUCAUAUUUACCUCUGGGUAUGACUCUGUUGUGAGGAUGUGGGACAUGGAGAAUGGGUUGUCGAUUGCUUCAUCAAGGCCCCUUGGUUGCACCAUUCGCGCUGUUGCAGCAGAUAGAAAACUACUGGUUGCUGGUGGCACUGAUGGAUUUAUUCAUUGUUGGAGGGCUGUAGAAGGACUGCCUCACCUGUUUGAGCUUAGAGCCUUACAACAUCAGAAUACUGAGGUUCAACUUUGGGGACACGAAGGUCCUAUAACUUCCCUUGCUUUAGAUUUGUCUAGGAUUUACAGUGGUUCAUGGGACACUACUGUUCGAGUGUGGGACCGUCAUUCAAUGAAGUGUACUGCAGUGUUGAGGCACAGUGACUGGGUCUGGGCACUUGUCCCUCAUGAUACUAGUGUUGCCAGCACAUCAGGUUCAGAUGUGUAUGUUUGGGAUUCUUGUAAUGGGGCUUUGAUGACCAUUAUUCAUAAUGCUCAUGUUGGUAACACUUAUGCAUUGGCUCGGAGCCAUACAGGGGACUUCCUUUUUACUGGAGGUGAAGAUGGUGCAAUUCACAUGUAUGAGAUUGUAAAUGAUGGUUAUGAGUCUAAAGCUUGGCAUGUUUCUACUUGGGUUCCUCACUCGGCUGCUGUGUAUUCCCUUGCAUUUGAAUUUCCAUGGCUUGUUUCAGCAUCAAGUGAUGGUAAGCUGGCUCUAAUUGAUGUGAGAAAGCUGCUGAGGACUAGCAAACGAGCUCUAGGGAAGAGAGUUUCAAAGGUAAAGCAUUUGAGUGGAGACAUAGUAGAGCCUCCACAGAGGAUGUUGCAUGGAUUUAAGAGCAAUCUUUUCGCUGUGGAUAUAGGAGCUGAUCGAAUUGUGUGUGGAGGUGAAGAAGGUGUUAUCAGGAUCUGGAAUUUCACAGAAGCUCUGGAAAUUGAGCGGAGAGUCCGUGCAUUAAGAGGAAUACGAUUGGAGAACAGAAUGAGGCGACGGAAGCUCCAAACAGAGCUUAGCAAUAAAAGUGGUCGGAGUGAUCAGUGUUCAGUUGCAGCCAAGAAGAAUUCUGCCCCUUGUACUUGGCCCAAUAAACGUGGGAUGAGCGGAAAGCUGAAAGCAUAG